ACAGGGUACCAUGUGUAAAACAGAAACACACAGUCCUGGGGAUCAAAGAUGCACCGCUGAUAGCUUUUGCAAUAACUAAUGCACCCUGCUGCCUCCCCCCACACAGAUGUGUCUGUAGUAACUACUCUGUAUAGCUCAGCUCCCCCUCCUCCUGCAUCAGCCCCAGCACUGACUGCUUCUGCUGGAAAACCCAGAGCAGGCAUAGGAGAAGCCCUGCUGGAAUAGCUGCAGCUACUAAGCUAGGAGGCAUCCAUUUACAAACAACAUGGAAUGGGUGCAUUAGGACGAAGACAUGCAUCCCCCAUGGUCCUUGCUGUGAUGUCUGUGCUGGCACGCUGCUCCAGUGAUGCUCCUAUUUGUGUCUUGCUGCACUUGCUUUGCAGCUAAUGAUUAAUUGCACUGCUCUGGGGCCUCUACUGCGCAUGCUGCAGGUAGAGACAGUGCUCCUCCAUCUUAUGCUUCCUGCAAAUGCAGUUACCAGGACACAUCCUUUGGAAAAAAAAUAAAAAAUAAAAGAAAGAAGUCUGGGCAGCUUAUUUAUUUGAUGCCCAUCUGCCUGACUCUGAAGAUUGGAAUCUGAUAACAGUAUCCACAGAACAAAAAAGGAAAGACAAACAAUGCAAGGCUAUAGGCAGCCUGGAACACUGUGAUUCUUCUUUCUGGGACAUUUCCUCCAUCAUGCAUGGUUAAAGGGACAUUAGCAUUUGCAUAUUGCUUUUAAAAUGGAUGUUUAUUUAUGUAAACAGUGCAUCUGAAGACAAGCUGUGUUCUGUGAGCAGUUAACCAGUGGAUCCAUUGUCUUGUGAUUCAUGUAUGGAGAUGAAGUUUCUAAUAGGAAUUCUUCUUUUGUUCGUGCUCUCCUUGUGGCUGGAUGGUGUUCAAUCCAAAGAGAAAUCUUCGAAAAAGGGGAAAGGGAAAAAGAAGCAAUAUCUAUGUCCCUCCCAGCAAUCUGCAGAAGAUCUUGCAAGAGUCCCUGUAAAUUCUACUAGCAACAUCCUGAACAGACUUUUGGUAACUUAUGAUCCAAGGAUUAGGCCCAACUUCAAAGGAAUACCAGUUGAUGUUGUAGUUAAUAUUUUCAUUAACAGCUUUGGAUCUAUACAGGAAACUACCAUGGAUUAUAGGGUUAAUAUCUUCUUAAGGCAGAGAUGGAAUGACCCAAGACUCAAACUUCCAAGUGAUUUCAGAGGCUCAGACACACUGACAGUAGACCCCACAAUGUUUAAGUGUCUCUGGAAGCCAGAUUUAUUUUUUGCAAAUGAAAAGAAUGCCAACUUUCAUGAUGUCACCCAAGAAAAUAUUCUACUAUUUAUAUUUCGUGAUGGAGAUGUCCUUCUUAGCAUGAGGUUAUCCAUUACAUUGUCAUGUCCUUUGGACUUAACCUUGUUCCCAAUGGACACUCAACGUUGCAAGAUGCAACUAGAAAGUUUUGGGUAUACAACAGAUGAUUUACGGUUCAUAUGGCAAUCAGGAGAUCCUGUUCAAAUGGAAAAAAUAGCAUUGCCUCAGUUUGAUAUUAAAACAGAAGAUAUUGAAUAUGGCAACUGCACAAAGUACUACAAAGGGACAGGUUAUUACACGUGUGUGGAAGUGAUCUUCACAUUAAGGAGACAGGUUGGAUUCUACAUGAUGGGUGUAUAUGCUCCCACGUUGCUUAUUGUUGUCCUUUCUUGGCUCUCCUUUUGGAUUAAUCCUGAUGCAAGUGCAGCCAGAGUUCCACUGGGUAUCUUUUCAGUUCUCAGCUUGGCAUCUGAAUGUACCACUCUGGCACAGGAGCUUCCCAAGGUGUCCUAUGUGAAAGCCAUUGAUGUUUGGCUGAUCACCUGUCUUUUGUUUGGGUUUGCUUCACUCGUUGAAUAUGCUGUAGUCCAAGUACUUUUAAACAGCCCAAAGAGAAUUGAAGCAGAGAAAGCCAAAAUUGCUAAGGCUGAACAACAAGAUGGAAAAGGAGCCAAUGCAAAAAAGAACACAGUCAAUGGAACUGGUACCCCUGUCCACAUAAGCACCUUACAAGUGGGCGAAAAUAGAUGCAAAAAGGUUUGUACGUCAAAGUCUGACCUGAGAUCCAACGAUUUUAGUAUUGUGGGGAGCUUACCAAGAGAUUUUGAAUUGUCCAACUACGACUGUUAUGGAAAGCCAAUUGAAGUCAACAAUGGACUGGGCAAAUCUCAAGUAAAGAAUAAUAAAAAACCACCGCCGGCCAAACCAGUCAUUCCUUCUGAAGCAAAGCGAAUUGAUCUGUAUUCAAGGGCACUCUUCCCAUUCUGCUUUUUGUUCUUUAAUGUUAUAUAUUGGCUGGUGUAUUUAUGAUGACACUGUCUCUGUUUGAGUAAAAGUAAGCUCACAUUACUAUCACACUCUUUUAGGCCAACCUGUGAUCUUGUCUACAUUUGCAAAGCAGUCUCCUUCAUUGUAGAUGCCAUGCAAUUGUAUUGAAAACAUGGCUUUUUUUAAAAAAAAGGAAGCAUGACACUGCAAUGUCUUUGCUUAAAAUGAUGUGUAAAUAUAUAUACAUAUGUAAGGUAUACUUUCAGCUAUAAAUAAGGUAAUGAACAAUGCUUACAUAAAAAAAAUUAUAUUAUUUCAAAGAGAAACGUUAUAUGCAAUGCUUCCAAAAAGGCAACCUCAUGCACGUUGAGUGUAAUUAAUUCAUAGUUCAUUUUAUGUAGUAUUUCAAGGUUUAUCAUUAUUUUCAAAAUAAAAUAUAUUAAAUAAGUUUGGAUAGAUUUGAAUCCAGAAAAAAAAAAACAACAUAAACUUGUACAGUUCUUCAUAAUGUAAAAAAUGACAUUCAGAAUUAAGAUUAAAAGGUAAGUGUGUGUAAGAUAAACGAUCAGAGAAUAUUUUUUUGUAAAAUAAUCUAUGUAAGAAAUUGCUCUGUAUCCUUUGCGUAAGCUAAAGUUAAUGUGUAAAAAAAAAUCCAAAAGAAACGCUUAUUAAAAGUAAAAUUUGUCAACUGAUGAGUACAAAGAAAAUAAAAUUGUGUAAUAAUUGGAAGGCAAACAAUAUGCUGUCAGUGAACUAACAUAUUUACUAGCAGCAGCAG